AUGGAAAAUGCAUCAGUGGCCAUAAGCUCAAAAAGAAUAAUUGCAUCUUAUCCAGUUAGUCUCAAUUGUCAAAAAUACCUUAAGGUGUGCUGUGAUCUAAAGAUCACCUACCCUCUUUACAUUGAUAUUUUGUCUGACUUAGUGGGUUACCACACCCUUGUAGAUUUAGAUUUCAGCUCCUUCAUUUCUAUAAAACACUUUCACUUUUUUAGAAGAGGUGACAGUUUGAUUUCCAAAACUGUGAGGACAAAAUGUUAUUUUUCUCCCCUUAACAUGACUCAGCAUUACAACCAAUUCUCAUCUGGAGAAUUUUUGGCUCUUAGUUCUCAAAUGAUUAGGCAGGACAAGACUGUUGUCAGAGCUAGAACUUCCUGUCAUUCACGUCUCACGCUACCCACAAAUAGAGGAACUGUACAGAUGAAUAUUGAAAUCACAGAAUAUUUAAAAACUUUGAUCAAUUUUGUGGGUUCCUGGACCAGCCCUCUAUUUCAUCUUGUGAUUGAACUGAGUGCCAUGCCAGAUGUCCCUGAAACAAUCCUCUCAAAAGCCAAAGAGAUCGAAGAAACCACCAGACAAAUCCUGGAUGACCUUAGGUGGAUAUUUACCAAGGUCUUUCCUACAGAAGAGAUGAAGGAGGAAUUUCCCCACUGGGAACAUCUUUCAUUCUUAAAAUCAAGUAGCAAAAAUGAUAAAUUUUUGGCAAUGUUUAAUCUUUCCUACUGCAUAGAUCAUGAUACAAAGUACAUUUUAGUUAAGCUCAGAUUAUUGAAGUGUCUCAUAACUGGGAAAGAUUGUUAA